AAAAACACAUGUGAAUUGGACGGCUUUUUCCCCGCUCCAACGGGCUCCAGUCUUCCUUUGCUCUUACGUCACCGUCUGUCCACGUCUGUCGCCGUCUGUCCACGUCUGUCGCCGUCUGUCCACGUCGUUCCCUCAUGGCUCCCAGCGACGAGAUCCAGGAAGAGGACGAAACGCGCUUUGCAGAGGAUGAAGACUCAGGUCCGAGCUCCUGGAGGGCCGAGACGCCUGCGAUCUUCCUGGACGCCGACUGGGAACACGCGGGCGACGUCACGUCGGAGCUCGCGGUACCUCUGGAGCUGGGCGGGUCCUUCGACUUCACCGUCCUGGCCUGGGUGGCGCGGGCACCGGACUCGCCAGAGACCAGGAUCCUGUCCAGAGGCGACGCGUCCGGUGGUUUGCACUGGGCUGCCGGAUCCAAGGUGCGUUGCGCGGCGGGCGCGGAGGCCUUGAAGCCGCCAGAGGAGCCGGAAGAAGGAGAUGACCAGGAAGCUAAAGAGCCAGCGACUGAAAGCCAAGUGGUGAGCAAAUCUUCCAUUGAUGACGAGCAAUGGCACCAUUUGGCCGUGGUUUUCAAGGAAGGUCAGAUCCAGCUCUACGUGGAUGGUCAAUGCGAUGGCGAAGGGCGAAUUGAGGUGCCUGAGGAGAUUACAGGGCCAGUGCUGUUCGGUGAGGGUGAAACUGCUCCGCUGAGAGAUGUGAAGGUGUUUCAUACAGCGUUGAGCCAAUGGCAGAUCUCCUCCAUGAUGACCGAUAGCAAGGACUUGGGCACUGGAAUCACCUUGGCCUUACUGCCAGACCAGGUCACAGCCUAUUGGGCCUUGAAGGUGGAAGGAGCAGAAGGUGCGCGGGAGCUUCUACAGCAGACUGUGGCAGCGGACCCUUUCGGUCGACCCUUUCAGGAGGAGGUGCUACUAGAUCUCUUUGAGGAUCUCGUAGACUAUGCAAAUACCAUUUGCUUGACCUCGCGAAAGACCGCGGUCAUUGUGCAGAUUCUCAAGCAGGUGCUGGAUAUGAUGCACCGAAAGUCGUCCAAGUCCAAACGCUUUAGCGAGACGACGUCCAUCUACGAGUGCUUCCGAGAGUUCAAAAGGCUGAUGGUGGCGCAUAGCUAUGCUGCCUACGCCACGGCGAAGUCUUCCAAUAAGGGAGAUGCUUCCAUGGCCAAGCUGGGAGUCUUUACCCUGGCCGAUGUGCGCUUGCUGACUGACUUUGUCUCAGGAGCUUUGUUUCAGCAGUUCCUCUUGUACCAGUGCGUGCUCAUUUGCCCGCAGGACCAAGUGACAUCUUACCGUGAAGUGGAGGUCCCUCAGCCGUUGCCGGCGCCGGACCUCAACAAAGCGGUGUCAAAGAAACUGGCCGCCAAGGUAGGUUUGCGUGCGAUAAGCCAUGAGAAGCCCUUACUCCACAAAAGGCAAGUGCCUUGGAAGAAGCAGGCAAAGGCAGUUCCAAAGAGGAGUGCCUAUGCAUCCAGGUCAAAGGUGCCGGCGGAAGGGGAUGUUGGUGAGGUGGCGGAAGCAGAAAGUCCAAAGACCUUGGAGCAGACCUUGUCACAGCUCCCUAAGGACUUGAGCAUUGACGAGCAUCACGAAGAGAGUACUCGAGCUGCAGAGGCGACCUUCGGCAGCUCCAUCCAGCGCCACGAUCAGGAGCUGCAAGCGGAAAGAUCUGAGAGUUGAAGUCUCACCCAACUUGGAUCCUGUUGGCCAACGGAUUAGUAAGAGG